AUGGCUGACGGUUAUAUUCACCCUACAGGUAUCGAUCUCAACCGCCACCACGUUAAGGGCACUCACCGCCAGGCCCCCAAGAGCGACAAUGUCUACCUCAAGCUCCUGGUGAAGCUCUACCGCUUCCUGUCUCGCCGUACCGACUCGAGCUUCAACAAGGUCAUUCUUCGACGUCUGUUCAUGUCCAAGAUUAACCGCCCUCCCGUCUCUCUGUCCCGCAUCGUUGCCAACACUGCCAAGGAGGAGAAGCGCACCGUCGUUGUUGUCGGCACCAUCACUGACGACAACCGUCUCCUCACCGUCCCCAAGCUGACCGUCGCCGCCCUGCGAUUCACCGCCACUGCCCGUGCUCGCAUCAUUGCCGCCGGUGGUGAGGCCAUCACCCUGGACCAGCUCGCUCUCCGUGCCCCCACUGGUGCCAACACCCUGACCCUCCGUGGUCCCAAGAACGCCCGUGAGGCCGUCAAGCACUUUGGCAUGGGUCCCCACAAGAACAAGAAACCCUACGUUGAGUCCAAGGGUCGCAAGUUCGAGCGUGCUCGUGGUCGCAGACGAUCUCGUGGUUUCAAGGUCUAA